GAGAAUAUGGAAAGGGACAAUACAACCUUAUGGACAGAGUUUAUUCUCACAGGACUCACACACCAACCACAGUGGAAAGUCCCCCUGUUCCUGAUGUUCUUGGUGAUUUAUCUCAUCACCAUUGUGGGGAACCUUGGUCUGAUCACUCUCAUCUGGAAUGACCCUCACCUUCACAUCCCCAUGUAUUUAUUCCUUGGAAGUUUAGCUCUUGUGGAUACUUGGUUGUCAUCCACAGUGACACCAAAGAUACUAGUAACCUUUUUUGCUAGAAGCAAACUGAUUUCUUUGACUGAGUGCAUGCUACAGUUCUUUUCAUUUGGAAUCAGUGCAACUGCAGAGUGUUUUCUCUUGGCAGCGAUGGCCUAUGACCGCUAUGUAGCCAUAUGCAAACCUUUACUCUACCCAGUGGUUAUGACAAACAGGCUCUGUGUACGUCUGUUAGUCUUGUCAUUUGUAGGUGGAUUUAUCCAUGUUUUAAUUCAUGAAAGCUUCUUAUUCAGAUUAACCUUCUGUAAUUCCAACAUAAUACAACACUUUUAUUGUGAUGUUAUGCCACUGUUAAAGAUAUCUUGUACUGACCCUUCUCUAAAUUAUCUCAUGCUUUUUAUUCUCUCUGGUUCAAUUCAAGUAUUUAGUAUUUCAACGAUUCUAGUUUCUUACACACUUGUUCUCUGUUCAAUCUUAAAGCAGAAAUCUAUCAAAGGCAUAAAGAAGGCCUUCUCCACCUGUGGAGCCCAUCUCUUGUCUGUGUCUUUGUACUAUGGCUCUCUGCUCUUCAUGUAUGUACGCCCUGCAUCUCCACAAGUGGAUAGUCAAGAUAUGAUGGAUUCUCUGUUUUAUACGGUAAUCAUCCCUGUGCUAAAUCCAAUUAUCUACAGUCUGAGAAAUAAGCAAGUCAAAAAGUCAUUGGCAAAAUUUUUAAAGAGAAAUGUUUAG